UCUAUCCACACAGAAACAAAAAACUUUCCCGCUCAAAUUCUAUUUGGGUUCUAUUACCACGCCACGCAGGUGGAAAAACUGUUUUUAAACGCGUGACACUAGGUAUUGUGUGACAUUCAUAUACAAUUUACAUUCUUUACAUUUUUCGAAUUCUUGGCAUAUUUCGUCGUAGUCUACAAAUACAAAGACUACAAAUACUACUCAAGUAUAAAUCGCAUCUCUUUAAUAGUACUCAUUGGGAAUAGUGUUUGUAAAGGUAGUCCAUUUUAGGGUAGUCCAUCCGGUAGUCCAUCCGGUAAUCCAUGGACUGGGGGGUCAGUAUUAAGUGUUAUAUCUACGACCGGCCAAAACAAGCCUAAAAAAUUGUUGAUAUAUGCAAAAGCUCAACGCAUAAUUUGAAUAGUGAAGUCACGGGUUUAUGUCAAAGCUCAAGGCUAAAAGCUGUUUGGUUGAUUGCUUGAGGGAACAUGAGGAGCCUUGUGGAUUGUUUAGCGAUUUGUGCAAUCUUUGUUUGGGUUCCAGCUCUUGGAAAACCAGUUAAGAAUUCAGAAUGGAUAGAACUCUCUUACCCAUUCAACAAUGAGACUAUCUACUGGCCAACAGCAAUGAGUUUCCAUCACUCCUUGGUGUUCGAAAAUUUCACUGCUGAUGGGUAUUACUACGCUUCAUACGACAUCAGCGCCUCUGAACACGGUGGCACCCAUAUCGAUGCACCAAGGCAUUUUGCGGCGGGAAAAUGGACAACAGACCAAAUACCCCUUGAUCAUCUCAUUGGGCCUGCAAUAAAGAUUGAUUUAUCUACCAAAGCCGACAAG